AUGGCAACUAAAGAUCUUGAGCCGACUGCUUCCGAGGAGCAACAAGCCGCUUCUUCCUCAAAGAAACGCAAGUCUGCCCUCGCAGAAAUCCAAGUCGAUCUCUCACUUCCGGAGCCACCGUCCAAGAAGGCUCGCCGCGCCCUGAAGAAGGGCAAGCAAUUGCCCGCAAAGCCGGCCUCGAGCGACGAUGAAGGAGAAGGAGGAGAUUCAAAUGCUGCAGGGGAGACCAAAAAGGAUGGGGCAAAGGCCGGCAAGAAGAAGGAGCGCUCCCCGCACGGCGUCUGGAUUGGCAACCUCCGCUUCACCGUAACCAAGGCCGAACUGCGAAAAUGGCUCGUGGACAACUCGGGCGGUUCCAUCACCGACAAUGCCAUUACGCGCGUGCACAUGCCGACAACCAAGAAGCCCGCCCCAGGGGCUCCCAACAAGACUACGGCCGAGAACCGCGGCUUCGCCUACGUCGACUUUGCCUCGUUCGAGGCCAACGUGGCAGCCAUUGCGCUGUCCGAGACGGAGAUGAACGGCCGGAAGCUGCUGAUUAAGGAUAGCAAGAGCUUUGAGGGACGGCCGAAGAAGGAGGAGGUGGAGACCGGGACGGAUGCCGCCGGCGUUGGGAAGAGCAAUGGCAAGAUCACUUCGGGGGACGCGGCCAAGGCUAAGACUGGCAGCAGCACGAAGAUCUUCGUUGGUAAUUUGUCCUUCAACACUACCGAAGACGAUCUCCAUGCCCACUUUGAGAAGUGUGGCAAGAUCCGCUGGAUCAAAGUUGCCACAUUCGAGGACUCGGGAAAGUGCAAAGGCUACGGGUGGGUCAACUUUGAGGAGCCCGAGGCGGCUCAGUGGGCUGUCAAAGGGUUCGUCAAGGUGCGCGAGACUGUCGAGACCGUCGAGGAUUUCAUGGAGGUGGACGGAGAAGAAGGAGACCAGCCUUCCGCGGAGGGACCAAAAAAGGCUCAAGACGAUACCGAGGGUGACGGCGACAAGGGUGAAGGAGGAGACGAGGGCAAAAAGGGAUCUAAGAAGAACCGAAGAACCCAAGAACCACCCCGGACGAGGACCCGUAAGUGGUGGGUCAACCAGCUCCUAGGGCGGAACCUCAAGAUCGAGCUGGCCGAGGACGACCAGACGCGCUACAAGAAGCGGUAUGGGAAGGGAGCAAAACAAAGGCAAAAUUCACGCUCUGAUAACACAGAAACCGCUGGCGGCGGCGGCAGCCAUGACAACAAUGCUGACGGGGACGACGAAGACGACAAGACCGCUGGCAAGAAGGCCAAGCCCCAGAAGAAGGAGAAGGAGAUCAAGAAUUACCACACGGACAUCAGCGUUGCUCGCCUCACGGGCGCGGUGGUCGCACCCCAAGGGAAGAAGACGACCUUUGACGAUUAG